CUCAGUACCCCAGAAAGCAUCAAGCAGCCAAGUAUUUUGUCACAGAAAACGGUGUGUUCGGUACAACCUGAAAAGUGUAGGUCAUUCUGUGCUAUACUCUAGUAUAAGUGGCGUUGGUGUUCAGAGGUAGUGGCUAUCUUGAUAAGGUACAUUUUCCUCUGCCACAUCAGAACAAAAUGACUAGAAUAUGUGCGCUAACGAGUGUUCUGAAGGGCAAAUUAAGGACACCGAAACUGUGUAUUCCUGUACAAAGUAUAUUUCCCCCAAUAAGAAGCCUGUCUGUGACCCCAGGAGCCAGAGACACAAACCAAGGUCCCUGGCUAUCUGCUACGCCACGAGUUUGUUUACACGACGUCCCGACGAUACUUAGGGCUGGCGGACUCAAGCCUAAUACACCUGUAACCCUAACAGCCGACCUUACAGACGAAAAUGGCAAACAAUUCUGUUCGCACGCCCACUACAUCAGCGACGCGGACGGGGACGUCAAUGCGGGCGUGGCUGCAUCUGUGGGCGGCUCGUACAAGGGCGUGUUCCCAGCUGGCCUCCUGACCACCUUAGCGCCCGCGCCUCAUGAGUUCCCGAUGCUCAGGUUGUAUCGUCGGGAUCCACAGCUGCCGUGGAAGAUCACCGUGAAGGUCCUGGAGGGCCACCAGCCGCUGGGGACGCAGGAGGAGGCGGUGUCGGAGGUGGAGUUGGAGCGCCACCUGAUGGGCCCGGGCGUGAGGCGGAUUCCUGUGAGGGCAGGGAGAGUCCGCGCUACCCUGUUCCUCCCGCCGGGUCCUGGGCCCUUCCCGGGGGUCAUUGAUAUGUUCGGGACAGCGGGGGGGCUCAUGGAGUUCAGGGCAGGUGAGAUAUUUCUCCUUCUUCACGAAUGUUUAUUUGGUAUUUUUAGUUCUUUAUUUUGAGAUUUUGUGAAUGUGAUUUUUUAAUUUUACAUUUCCUCGUUUGUGUUCCAUUUUUCGUUCACGCGCCUCC